AUGCCCAGCAACGAGGCCAUUCUCCAGGGCGUCAGCGUCCUGGGCCCCAUUCAGGAGUCGCACCGCAAGAUUCUGACUCCCUCCGCCCUGAGCUUCCUCGCCCUGCUGCACCGCUCCUUCAAUCCCACCCGCAAGGCCCUCCUUGAGCGCCGCAAGCUUCGCCAGGCCGAGCUCGACAAGGGCGGCCUCCUGGACUUCUUGCCAGAGACCAAGCACAUCCGCGAAGACCCGACAUGGAAGGGUGCCCCGCCCGCCCCCGGUCUCGUUGACCGCCGCGUUGAGAUCACGGGGCCAACAGACCGCAAGAUGGUGGUCAAUGCGCUGAACGCCAACGUCUGGACCUACAUGGCUGACUUGGAGGACUCGAGCGCCCCGACAUGGGACAACAUGAUCAAUGGCCAGGUGAACCUGUACGAUGCUGUGCGCCGUCAGGUCGACUUCAAGCAAGGGGCAAAGGAGUACAAGCUCCGGACGGAUAGGCCGCUUCCCACCCUCAUCGUGCGGCCCCGCGGCUGGCACCUCGAGGAGAAGCAUGUCACAGUCGAUGGUGAGCCCAUGAGCGGCUCUCUCUUUGACUUUGGCCUAUACUUCUUCCACAACGCCGCAGAGGCCGUCAAGCGUGGCUUCGGGCCGUACUUCUACCCUACCCAAGAUGGAAUCGCACCUUGA